AAUCCUGCCCUUCGGUGACGUACAUUACACGCGCCCGCUCUCAGUGAGCUUUCUGUGCGCAGUGCAUGCUGGUUUCUCGGCGGGCCGGUGGGCACCUGGGACAUGGCGAGCGAUUUCUAUUUGCGUUAUUACGUUGGGCACAAGGGCAAGUUCGGACACGAGUUUCUCGAGUUUGAGUUCCGUCCUGACGGCAAACUGAGAUAUGCAAACAACAGCAAUUAUAAAAAUGAUGUUAUGAUCAGAAAAGAGGCCUACGUACACAAAAGUGUAAUGGAGGAGCUAAAGAGGAUAAUUGAUGACAGUGAAAUUACGAAAGAAGAUGAUGCAUUAUGGCCUCCCCCUGACAGAGUUGGUCGGCAGGAGCUUGAAAUUGUAAUCGGUGAUGAACAUAUUUCUUUUACCACAUCAAAAAUUGGUUCUCUUAUUGAUGUAAAUCAGUCCAAGGAUCCAGAAGGUCUAAGAGUGUUUUACUACCUUGUCCAGGACCUCAAGUGUCUAGUCUUCAGUCUCAUUGGAUUACACUUCAAGAUUAAGCCAAUUUAAAUUGUGUGGAUUUAAGUUUGUACUGUAAAUUUUCUUUGGGUGGGGUCACUUUUCAUUCCUUAUCUCUUGUGACUUUUAUGUAUGUCAGAUUUUUUACUGAGUGAAUUUAAUAAAUGCUAAAAAGCUUUUCUCUUUUUAUUUAGAAA